CAAAAUGGCGGCGGAUGAAGAGGAGUUUGAUUUCUCUUCAGACGAUGAAAACUUUGAAAAUGAUUGGAAAUUCGAUGAAAAUUAUGAUAAUUUUGAAAAUACAAAUGCUAGCGCGACUCCUCUAGAUGCUGACACCGAUGGGGGUACAUUGAAUGCGAAAAAUAAUGCAACAAUCGAUGUAAUGAAUGUUGGGGAAUUCGAUUCUAACAAACAAAAAGUUUCGCGUAUGGAUUUGAACACAACAAAGGCCGGAAUGGAGGGCUUAGACAAGGAGAAGAUCAAUCAAAUUAUCCACGACGCUAGCAAAGGGUCUAAGUUUUAUGAAAACGAGAAGAAAAAAGAAAAACAAGUACAAAAACGUAUUGAAGAAUUGCAAAGAAAGUUAGCCUCGUAUAACGAUGAACAAAAACUCAAAGCAAAACAAGACGCGAAUAAAAUUGUCCGAGAAUUAGAGCAAUGUCGCGAUUUGACCCGUACUAUUGUCCACGUUGAUAUGGACGCGUUUUAUGCUGCUGUUGAAAUGCGGGACGAUCCAAGUUUGAAGUCUAAACCCAUGGCAGUUGGUGGAAAUGACAUGUUGUGUACAUCCAAUUAUCUAGCAAGGCGUUAUGGCGUCCGCGCGGGCAUGCCAGGAUUUAUUGCUAAGAAACUAUGCCCGAAUUUAAUCAUCGUGCGCGCAAAUUUUGAUAAAUAUACAAAGAUCAGUCAUGAGAUCAGAGAAGUGCUGGCAGAGUACGAUAGGAAUUUUUUGCCUAUGAGUCUGGAUGAAGCAUAUAUGGAUAUAACGGAGUAUUUGAAUACUUUGAACAGGAGUGAGGAUGAAAAAGGAAUUGUGAAAGUCGAGAGUGACAACAGCGGAGAGAGUUCGACGAUUCGGAAACAAGAACUGACGAAAUUUGGGAUGCUUGCACCAGAAGAUAAUAUGGAUGUAGACAGAAACACCAGGGGAUUUAUCGACACUGCAAAGGAUGCAGGCUCGAUAAGCAUCAAACAAGAAGAUUUUAGCAAAAUGACAGCGAAGUGGGAUACCGAUUUAGCCAGAAUUUCGGCAAAUCAAUAUGAAGUGAAAGAGGAGGAAAAUAAAAAAGACGAGGAGCUGGUGUUAGUUACACCAAAUGUAGUUAAAGAAAAGAGCAUGUCUGAUAAAGAUUUCAAAGAACUACAUGAAUCUAUGACCAACGAGAUAGGAUAUAAAAGAGAGCCAAGUGAGGAAAAACAAGAGAGUUCCAUCAAUGAAGAGGAGUUUUACACCAAAGUCGAAGAGGUUGUGAACGAAAUGCGAAGAAAAAUUGAGGAAAAGACCCAGCUUACUGCUAGUGCCGGGAUUGCUCCAAACAUGUUCCUAGCUAAAGUAUGUUCUGAUAAGAACAAGCCUAAUGGUCAAUUUUACCUUAAACCUAAAAAGGACAAAAUAAUGGCUUUUGUUCGAGAAUUACCGCUGCGAAAGGCGUUCGGCAUCGGCCGUGUUAGCGAACAAAUUUUGACCUCCAUACUGAAGGUCAACACGUGUUUCGACUUACACAAGCGUCGAGACUUGAUGCAGCUGCUGUUCAGCCCGACCGCUUGUAGGAACUACUUGGAGAUUUCGCUAGGUCUUGGGUCAACUGUAGUCAAUGUUGAUCGUGAACGAAAGAGUAUGAGCACUGAGACAACUUUCCGAGAAAUAAGCGAGCCCGAGGAACAUUUUUCAAAAUGCCGGGAACUUUGCCAAGAGUUGUCUGAAAGUUUGAAGGCGAAAGGAUUGACAGGGCGAAAAAUCGGUAUUAAAUUGAAAACGGUUCAUUUUGAAGUGAAAACAAGAGUGUGUACAGCAUCGUUUCCGGUUCAAGAAGCCGACGACAUUUUUCCACACGCGAGAAAAUUACUUGCUAACGAGAUCAGAGCAUGUAGUCCAGAACCCUUACGGUUGAGAUUGAUGGGGGUUCGAGUUGCGGAUUUUUGUGAAAAGAGCCAAUUAGCCAAUGAAAGUAAACAACCAACCAUUUUAAGUUUAAUGAAGAAGCGUGGUGCGUCUUGUAACUCAUCAAACCUGAACUCUGAACCAAAUGAGAUGAUCCUGGAUGAGCAUAUACAAAGGCCUGAUGAACCGUGUGGUCAGCCAGAGACUAGUGCAGACGAGAAUGUCACAAUGAAACGAUCAAGUUUCGUGAAACCGGCGGUGAAACAGACUACCUUUAACUGUCCAGUUUGUGGAAUAGACUUGACAUUCAAAUCUAGCAAUCCACUUCUGCAAAUGAACCAGCAUGUUGAGAUGUGUCUUAGCAAGCGAACGUCGUCAGGUCUCGUUAAAUAUGAUUUACAAACAAACAAAGGCAAACAAACAUCCAAGAAAAGAAAAAGGGAAUCUAGUUCUAACCCUAAUAAAAUGGUUAAAAAGAAUCCUAUGGACCGUUUUCUGACAAAGAAUAAAAAGUAACAAUAGCACAGACAUCCUAAACUAUAAAUUUGAGGUGGGGACUCACAGAUUAAUUUAGACUUUAAAAUAACUGUCAGAUUGCAAAGAAUUAUAUAUAUUGGAAUAUAUAAUAUACUAGGAAAUUUGAAUCGGCAGUAUGUAAUCG